AUGCAAGGCCCUUUCUGCGGGGCUAUUCCUCCACAAGAUUGGGCAUUUGGAGAAGUCAACGGAAUAGCAGAACAGAAUAACGGCAGAUUGGUCCAUAGCAAAGAGACAAUUCAAGAAUCAUUCCCCAAAAGAAAAACAGGAGGAAUAUACAGACUUCUGGUCCUGCAGAACAUCAUACUUCUUUAUUCCCAAGAACAGCUCACCUCUGCCAGAAACAGCCUCGGUGGUCUCGGCACAUAUCCAUAUCACCCCAUGCUCUUUCUCUCCUCAUCGCCAUCUGCCCUUCAACGCAUCACAAGCACCAUCAAAACGCCCGAAUUACCAAACCACCAAGAACCAUCGAAAAGACACCCAAACCACGAAGAACAGCAAAGAUCGUCCAGAAUGUGCAAGCUUACAAAAGCCAAGUUCACCGACUGCGGUCACAAGCACGACUUCGUCAAUUGCUGCCCCGAGAAUGCGCCUCCAGGUGCUUACGGCGGUGCUCCUAUACACUCAGCAGAGAAGUGCUCUGACCUCCGUAAGUUCAAGGAGGAGCGACACGGGUUGUGUCCUGAAUGCAGCGCCAAGCUGCACAGAGGGAAGAACGCUCCCACUACCGGCUUCAUCGGUUGCCUCUUGCGGAGAACCCCAUCAACUUACAAACCCUAUCUCUCCGAUGGGAAAUUCGCUAAGCCAGAAGUAAAGGAGACCCUAAGAGAUGAUUCCCCUACAAAUUGCAUGAACAGCAGAAAAACAGAAGCAGGCAGGCCCCACUUCUAG